AUGAGUGGUGGGCAAAGGAUCCUCAAGGGACUUCUCAGCUGGGUCUGUGGAUGGACCUGGGCCUGGAGAGCUGGCUUUGGCACCCAGGGCUGUGGUCUGCGGGCCCUGUGCCCUGGAGAUCCACCCCUCCCAGCAGAGGAGCUGCCCAGGAAAGAUGGGGCUGAUGCUGUGUCCCUUGGACCCAGCCUGGAGCCACCAAGUGCAGCCUCAAAUGCCAAGGCCACGGGCACCCUCAAACGGCCCACCAGCCUGAGCCGCCAUGCCAGCGCUGCUGGCUUCCCGCUGUCCGGCGCCAGUUCCUGGACGCUGGGCCGGGGCCAUCGCAGCCCGCUGACCACAGCCAGCCCUGCCGAGCUCCCCAACGAGGGGCCCUGCCCCGACACUGUGGAGGACAUCUCCCAGCUGCUGACUGACGUGGGCCGCUUCGCCAAGGCGCUUGAGAAGCUCAAGGAGUGUGUCCUGAGCGACGACCUCCUCGAGGCCCGCCGGCCACUGGCCCACGAGUACCUGGGUGAGGCCCUUCGUAUGAUGCGUCAGAUCAUCUCCAGGUACCCGCUGCUGAACACCGUGGAGUCACUCACUGCUGCUGGCACCCUCAUUGCCAAGAUCAGAGCCUUCCAUUAUGAGUGCAACAAAGAGUCUGACAAGCAGGAGUUUGAGAAGGCCCUGGAGACCAUCGCUCUCUCCUUCAGUAACACCGUGUCCGAGUUCCUCAUGGGGGAGGUGGACAGCAGCACUCUCCUGUCAGUGCCCCCUGGGGACCCCAGCCAGACCAUGGAGAACCUGUACGGACCGGGCAGCGAGGGCGCCGCCCCCAGCGCGGACGACUGUGAUGCGGGCGGCCUGCCCCCCGAGGAGGUGGACAUGCUGCUGCAGCGCUGUGAGGGGGGCGUGGACGCCGCGCUGCAGUACGCCAAGAACAUGGCCAAGUACAUGAAGGACCUCAUCGGCUACCUGGAGAAGCGGACUUCGCUGGAGAUGGACUUUGCCAAAGGCGUGCAGAAGAUCGUGCACAACUGCAGACAGAGCUUCAUGCAGGAGCCCCACAUGCCCCUCCUGUCCAUCUACUCCCUGGCCCUGGAGCAGGACCUGGAGUUUGGCCAUGGCAUGGUGCAGGGGGUGAGCACCCUGCAGACCCAGACCCUCAUGCAGCCCCUGAACCUGAGGCGGCUGGAGCAUGAGAAGCGCAGGAAGGAGAUUAAGGAGUCAUGGCACCGCGCCCAGAGGAAGCUGCAAGAGGCGGAGUCCAACCUGCGCAAGGCCAAGCAGGGCUACUCGCAGCGCUGUGAGGACCACAGCAAGGCUCGCUUCCUGGCGGCCAAGGCCGAGGAGGAGCAGGCGGUCACUGGGCCCGGGGCUGCCGCCUCCAAGACCCUGGACAAGCGGCGGCGCCUGGAGGAGGAGGCUAAGAACAAGGCAGAGGAAGCCAUGGCCACCUACCGGACGUGUGUGGCCGACGCCAAGACGCAGAAGCAGGAACUGGAGGACACCAAGGUGACGGUGCUGCGGCAGAUCCAGGAGGUCAUCCGGCAGAGCGACCAGACCAUCAAGUCGGCCACCAUCUCCUACUACCAGAUGUUGCACAUGCAGACGGCCUCGCUGCCCGUGCACUUCCAGAUGCUUUGCGAAAGCAGCAAACUGUAUGACCCGGGGCGGCAGUACGCGUCGUACGUAAGCCAGCUGCAGAGGGACGAGGAGCCCGACGUACGCUACGACUUUGAGCCCCACGUCUCCACCAACGCCUGGUCCCCGGUCAUGCGCACCCGGAAGGGAAGCCUCGUCAGUGACGCCACGGGGGUCGAGGCCACCGGCAGCCCCGAGGAGGAAGGUGGGCCCAGCGAUGGCGCACUUGCCAAGGAGCGCAGGGGUGGGCGUGGACACCAGGUGCACAAGUCGUGGCCAACCACCAUGUCAGACUCGGACGGCAGCCUGGACCCCAGCCCUGGCUCAGGGGACUUGAAGAAGUUGGAGCGGAUGUCGUCCAGCGGCACCAUGUCGUCCAGCGAGGAGCUGGUGGACCAGGAGGGCAGCGCAGGGGCGUCAGCCUUCGAGCAGGCUGACCUCAAUGGCAUGGCCCCCGAGCUGCCAGUGGCCAUGCCCAGUGGGCCCUUCCGCAACGUGGGGUUGUCCAAGGCCGCCCGCACACACCGGCUGAGGAAACUGCGCACACCGGCCAAGUGCAGGGAGUGUAACAGCUAUGUCUACUUCCAGGGCGCCGAGUGUGAGGAGUGCUGCCUGGCCUGCCACAAGAAGUGUCUGGAGACACUGGCCAUCCAGUGUGGCCACAAGAAACUCCAGGGCCGCCUGCAGCUCUUCGGCCAGGACUUCUCCCAGGCGGCCCAGAGCAUGACCGACGGCGUGCCCUUCAUCAUCAAGAAGUGCGUCUGCGAGAUAGAGCAGCGGGCGCUGCACACCAAGGGCAUCUACCGCGUCAACGGGGUGAAGACGCGCGUGGAGAAGUUGUGCCAGGCGUUUGAGAACGGCAAGGAGCUGGUGGAACUGUCACAGGCCUCACCCCACGACAUCAGCAACGUCCUCAAACUCUACCUGCGGCAGCUGCCCGAACCCAUCCUCUCCUUCCGCCUCUACCACGAGCUCGUGGGGCUGGCCAAGGACAACCUGAAGGCGGAGGCAGAGGCCAAGGCGGCGUCGCGGGGCCGGGCAGAUGCGGUCGAGAGCGAGGCCGCGGCCACAGCCAUGGCGGGCCGGCUGCGGGAGCUCCUGCAGGCCCUGCCUCCCGAGAACCGGGCCACAUUGCAGUACUUGCUACGGCACCUGCGCAGGAUCGUGGAGGUCGAGCAGGACAACAAGAUGACUCCGGGGAACCUGGGCAUUGUGUUUGGACCCACGCUGCUGCGGCCAAAGCCAACCGAGGCCACCGUGUCCCUGUCCUCCCUGGUCGACUACCCCCACCAGGCCCGCGUCGUGGAGACCCUCAUUGCCCACUAUGGCCUGAUCUUCAAGGAGGAGCCCGAGGAGGUGCCUGGGGACCAGGACGGCACGUAUGUGCAGAGGGCUGAGGCCAUGGUGCAGGUGCCGUACCCAGAGGCGAGUGCGGGGGCCGCCUUCCUCCUGCAGGAGGAGGCUGCAGACGGGGGCCCAGAAUCCCAGGUGGCCUCCAAUGACUCUGACUCCGAGGUGGAGGAGGCCUCAGACCUGCUGUCCCCAGCGGACAGGGGUGCUGUGCACCGCCUCAGUUUCCUGGAGAAGCCGGGCAGCGAGGCCAGCGCCGAAGAGGGCCAGGGCAGCCGCAGCGGCAGUGAGGAGCAGCUGGGAGCCGCGGCCGCGGCCGGGGACGGGGAGGGCCUGGCCCAGCAGCUUUCCGAGUACAACGCCAACCAGUGCAACAACGUGGCCGAGGUCCAGCUGCCCGCCAUGAGGCUCUGCGGCGGGCGGGUCGAAGCAGGCUCAGGCCAGGAGAGGCAGCCAGAGUUUGUCUAG